CUUACUUCUUGCGAAUUUCUUCCUACUUUUAUUUUUUAAUUGGAGCCCAAUAGCAUUUUUGAUAAAUUGCUCUUAGUUUUCAAAGUAAUCAAAUAAAUAAGAUAUAGUAUUUUUUACAAAAUAAGCUACCUACAUAAUGUUGUGUGAAUGUUGAAUUAUUGCGGCAAUUUGACAGGUCAGCUUCGAGCCACUUUUUAGCUUUCAGAGUAGCGUAUUUUAAUUUUAUUUUGUUAUUAAUUGAUUUGAUUGUUCUAAAUGACAAGUAUUUAUGCAUAAUGGUAGUUUUAUUGUUCUAUUAGUUCGUUUCUAAGUGCACUUGCAGUGUUAUAUAAACUAGAGCCAAUAGUGUCGGCAGUCCCGAUGAGUAUAACUACAUAGUACGUCAGUGAACGAAUGGUUGCUAAAAGAUAAUGGAUGUGGAUGCUCCUAACAUAUUGAAAAGGUGCAGCAGCGCACCUCUAAUCAAUGAGGUGUCGUCUACAGCGGCGACUUCUCCUACAACCAACACAGCUCCAAGAAGCACAUUGUUCAGUAUGUUUAGUAACAAUAUGUCCCGGACACGCCGACACUCGGGCUCCUUCAGCCCCCUGGCAGCCCCUGUUAGUCUCAAUAACUCAUGGGGACCCCGACUCACGCCCCGCGUGAACCAGCUGCGCGCCGAGGAGUGCGAGGCCGUCACCAACACGAGGGAGGUGGCUCACGAGCGGGAGGUGCACUCCGCGAUGCAGAUGGGCCAGUCCUGCGAGGACUUGACCCUGGUCGCACCUAACGCCCCCAACGCUGGGUUGCCACACUCCCCUACAAGAAUACACAGAUUCUCACCGGUAGUGUCCCCGUCGCCGACCAGGAAGUACACGACGCGGCGCAGCCUGUCCCCCAUCGCGAUCCGCGCGUCCAGCUUCAGCCCGGUGGGGCGGCCGGCGCUGGGCAAGCGGCGCUGCGACGACGCCGACUCGCCGCUGUCCAAGCGCGCCUGCCCGGCCGACCGCCUCACGCCCUCCACGCCGGGAACCCCCGACUCCGACUCCCUCGACUGCACCUUCAGGCCCGUCUCCCCGCGAGCCCAACCAAUGAACGAGCUGGACGCGAACCAACAUAACCACAAGUCCCCGAACCCCAGCUAAUAGUCGCAGAACGCGGACGGAGGAGUUUCGGUCUCGAUUUACGCUUACACGUGAAGCUUAACAGCUCGUUCACGACGUGCAAUAAAAUUCCUGGAAGCGGACCUUAUUGUACUCUCCGUAGGGUUCAUAUUGCAUGUUCCUCCCGAUCAGCCUGUAACUUGGUUCCUAUUAAAGGACUAGUUGGGAAUGAUACAUGCGACCCUGUUAUUAGCCAAAGCAUUCAAACUUUAUUGUAAAUAGUGCGUUAAUGUAUUGAACGCUGUAUAUAAUUUAUAUAGUUAAGAUUUUGUAGCCAUAGCGUGUAGGUUUAUGAACACGCGAAACAAAUGUAUAACAGGAUGUUUCUCGUUGCAGAGUCUGUUGUCAGAUUAUUACGAAUUUAUUGCGUGAGACAUCUGUGUGUAUUAUUUGUCAAGGUAGAGUAUACAUCAAAUACAAAAAUAAAUAUAAAUGUUAUAAAGAAUUAUGUUCGGAUAUAUCAUUAUGAGUAUUUGUAGUAUGUACCGUUUGCUAACGUCGCGAUUUCUUGUUUAAAAUAACUACCUACUUGAUGGAGAAUAUAUAACUAAAGUGAAUUAAGCCUCUGGCAACAUUGAUAUUUAAGAUUUUAGCUCACACAUAUUUAAAUUUUUGGGCACGUUAUACUCUACCUUCUAACAAUGAUUUUGUUUAAGGUUUCAAUUGCUGAUUUUUUUUCUAUAAUCAGUUUGAUUAUUCAAUUCUAUUAAAUGCCAACUUAAGGUGUUAAAAAUAAUUAUAUUAUUGAGACAUCGUAGUGCCAGUUUCGGUACUGGGGUAAAAUAAUAUUUUAUUCCAAGUAAAAUUAUUUUGUAAUGAGGGUUCUACUGUUUUUAUUUUGAUAUUUAUCUGUUGGUUCGCCAAAUUUUGUUGUUGAGUAAGGACAUUUGACCGCAUGUAAAUAUUAAUUCAGUGAUAGAAUAGAUUUAUUUUCAAAAUUGGAUACAAGGUAUCACUCAUUGACGUCACAUAACAUCUUAUUAUAUCUACUGCGCAUGUGUAGAAGAAGCGGCGGAAUAAACUACGCUGCAGCAUGAUUUUCGACUGGUGUAUGUUUUAUUAUAAACUUUGUGUUCAUUGUGUCACACACAAACUUGUAGACAAUUAAUGUGUUUGUAGAUAUUAUUGUUAUUAUUCUUAAAUUUUUUUAACUACAUUUCGUCAAAUAUUUCAACUCUUUUGUGAAACGACAUGUUUAAUUUUACCAUAUUUUGUCUCGCGUUAGUACCGUUUCGUUUUUUGGUAAGUAGGUACCAAUGUUCGUUUUGUUCUACAAAUAUGUUUUUUUUUUUAAUUUAGCAUUUAUUCUCAUAGUUGAUGAUAUAUUGAGUGGCGAAUUGUUUUAUAAAAUUUACGCAGAAUUCACGUUAAGUAAAUAACUUGGAAACUGAUCUUGAGAUCUGAUUGAUAACGCGAAUAACAUGUCUGUAGUUCAUAUACAAUUAAUCGCCAAUAUAAAAUUUAAACCAGUCGUUUGUGGAAACGUUGUGUUAGGAAAUAAUCUUCUUAUCAGCUUCCUAUUGGUGUACCUAAAUUUGAGAUAUACUAAUGAAGCGGAGAAGUGUUUGUAUUAAAUAACGGAUCAUUUGAAAGAUUACAAGCUAUUUUAGUUUAUACAAGAUGAAAGGCAGAGGCAUGGCAUGAAUGUUGAAAACAAAAUCUUUCAAAAAUAGAAUCAACGAUUUAAACUAGAGGUUUGCGUCACCAACACUUAUUUUUAAAAAGUUUGCUAUGUAUUUUACUUGUUUCCGUGAUAUACAAUACACCCAUUUGCUUAUACAAUUUAAGAAAACGUAAACUGAACCAAAAUGGCGGCGAUAUUCGCAGGUACCGGCUUUGUACCGCUCAUUAGGCACGUAGCCGCAUCGUGUGGCAUUCAUAGUCUCAAAUGAAAUAGGUUUUAAUAAUAUGGGUGCAUAUUUUUUUUAAUAAUAUAGUGCAUCAGUUUCCUAUGGAUUGAAUCAAAUACCCGUGCCUGCGCUGAUAACGAAACUCCAUUGUUUGUCCAAUAUUUUUUAUUUAUGUUAUGAAUGUGGAUGAAGCGAAGGAAGUAUGCAGAGAUCGUGGCAAGUGGAAAAAGGUAGUCUUUGCCUACCCCUCCGGGAAAGAUACGUGAUUUUAUGUAUGUACUUAUGUAUUGUUUAUCCAUAACUUAUAUACCUACCAAUAUUUUUUGAUAAACUGCCAGAGAGCCAGCCGGCCUUAGUGUGGGAGAUGAAUCUUCACACUGCUCAUGGGUCGACUAAUGCGCUGUGCAUUGUAAAUUUUUUCGCUCUACGUUUCCACAAACUGGCCUUUGGGUUCUGAUAACAGGAAGCAUCACAUUUGUAGUGGAUGCACUUUGUAAAAUAUACCUCAGUACAGUAAGUGACGUUCGAAGCGAAUUUCAUGCUAUCUCGCUAUUUAAAAUGUGCGAGUAUGAUGUGCUAUUUCACUCAUAACCUUUCGCAUGGACCAUUCAUCCAUUAGCCUCGAAAGACGUAUAUCAUAUGAGUAAUAUGCAGAAAGUUUUUAGAUUACCUAUAUAUAAAGAAUGAUGCCUCAAUAUCUCACUACAGUCUACCCUGUACCUAUUAUUGUAAGUUAUGUUUUGUAACGUUUAUAAUAGAUUCCGAGGAGUUUUGCACUCCUCUAAAUACCAUUUUGUUGUCAAGA